AUGGGUGAGCGGAAAGCAAGACCCCUGCUGAGUCUCCACUUCAGCGCUGUCGUCCGAGCCAGAAGAGGCAACUGCGGUUGUACGAUUAAACUAACCAAGACAAAAGCCAACUGGCUCUUCAAACUGAUUCUGGUAUCUCACACCAUGUCUGAACAAACAGAAGCUUCUCGUGAUGAUGAGGUGAGGAUCCUGAUGGUGGGAAGCCGAGGUCAGUCCAGAUUCAGCGCUGCAGAUCUUCUGUCAGGAAGGAAAGACGGUGGACAGGAGGACAGAGAGAUUGUAAAGACUCCAGUAAUUACAGACGAGGCUCGUAGAAUGAUGCUGAUCACUGGACCAAACCUCUGUGAGGAGGACACAACGAGACAGACCUUCACAACAGCGCUGUUUCUCUCGUCUCCUGGACCUCACGCCGUUUUAAUGCUCCUGAAUCUGGAAGAUCAACAAUCACAACAGUGUGAUAUUGUGAAACGAGCCCAGGAGCUGCUGGGAGCAGAAGUCCUGCAGCACUGCAUUGUUCUUCUGCUGCAAAAUCACCAGGAACGAUUCACAGGAGCCUCCAGAGGGAUUGCUGGAGAAAUGAUCAACGCAUGUGGAGGAAGAUUUCACAUCAUAAGAGACUCUGAACCAAAACCUGCUCGAAGAGCAGCUCUCGUAGCAGAAAUAGACAAGUUAGUUCGGCUCAACCAUCACAGAUUUUACUCAGUACGGGGACAAAAGUUAGAAACAGAAAAGAACAACAAGGCUGUGAAUGAAGAAAAUCAGCUCUUGUCUGUAAUAUAUGACACUUUAGGAGGAGCAGUUGGAAACAUAGGAUGGAUUUUCCUUGUUUCACUUACCGCUCUUGUUAUUUACACUAAAGGAAGGGACAAAAUCUUAAAUUUUGGGGCAAAAUUUACUGCACUUGUAUUGUUUAUGGUGUAUCUAAGACACAUUCUGAGUCCAGAUGUUGUCAUACCAUUAAAUUUGGCCUUGUUAUCAUCACUAGCAACCAUACUUACAAAAACAAAAGUAAUGCAAGAAUUAGAGUGUAGCAGGAUAAGUCAAGUCAUUGAAAUACAAACCAUCAUGUUGCAAAGACUUUUAUACAUGAUGGGUUCAGCUUUGGUCCUUGGGUCAAUCAUCAGCAUCAGGACGUGGUCAGAUGUGCUCAUAGCGUGUUACACAGCUCCUGGAGUCACAGUCGGAGCUUAUACAUUCAUAAUUCUCAAUGAAAUUUUUAGCCAUGAAUCUCCAGUCUUUGCACUCGGAUCAUUUCUGUGUUGUUCAGUGGGGGCAACACUUUCAGUGUGGUUUGUGAACGAAGUCGGUGGGAUAAUGACAAUAAUUGUGCUAAUAUAC